AUGGAACACCAUAGGCAUUUUUUCAUGUUUAAUCUUGAUAAAUUUGAUGACUGGAAAGUGCGCAUGCAAGCUCAUCUGUCUGCAAUCCAAAACGAGAUGUUAGAUGUAAUAACCGAUGGGCUUAUUCAAAUCUUGGAGGUUAAUCCAAACCGAGCUGCUGAAGGUUCAACAACACGUGAAAUGAGACCCAAGGAGAAGUUCUCGUUAACAACUAAGGAGAGGACUCGUGCAAAUCUUGACAACAUUGCACGAGACAUCCUUUACAAGGCUCUAGACGAGUCACUGUUCCCGAGAGUAAGAAAGUGCAAAUCUGCUAAGGAAAUCUGGGAUACCCUCAUGCAGAUUGGUGAAGGUGAAGAACAGGAGAAGGAAAAUAAAUUAACCAUCGCUAUGAAAAGAUUCGAAGACUUCAAACUUGGAGCGAAAGAGUCCAUAUUUGACAUGAAAGCACGAUUCAUGAAGUUGUUAACUGAUAUCGGAGAUCUAGAUGACAAAAAGCUCACACACAAGGAGAUAAACUUAAAGAUCCUCCGAGGACUAUCGAAGAAUUAG